UAUUUUUUAAACUGAGUGGUCACAGUUUCCUCACAACUCCUGGCCUUCAUGCUGUUCUUUGUAGGACAAUUUUGUAUUUGUAUUCUGUGAAAUCAUUUCCGACAUGAUAAUGUUAGAAAAAAACAGCAAGCAUAUAGGGCUAUCCUAAAGGCACAAUGGAGUGGGGGAAGCUUCUUUAAAAAAAACCAUCACUUCAUAGACCUUGGAAUUCUGUUCAGUGGUAACUAGUCCCUGUUUACAGUGUGGAUGUGGUGACUGGCAAUGGCAAGACGAGUUUAUCAGUAUGUGCACACAGCACAGGUGGGGCUGAGGUGCCUGCCAGGUAUCCGUGCAGGAAUUAGUGUGUUGAUGGAGUACAGGGUGCUGGGCGUGUUCCUGCUGGAGUGGAUGAAGUAGAGGCCUUAGGAUCAGAGCUUAACCCAGAGCUGACCUGUAAAUGCAUCAUGCAGUGAAUGAAGGCAAAGGAACUUUGGGAAGCUGGAGGCUGGAUUUAGCCAGGCAAACAGGACCAAGGAAACCCUGGCUUACUGCAGUGGCUGUGCUGCUAUUGUAUGAAUGGCUCAUACAAUAUGUAUGUAUAAAACAUUGUAUGGACAUUGUAAAGCAUUCUUUCUAAAGUAUGCUUCUAAAGUAUCCCAGCCUAAUGUACAAGCAUAACUAACUUGCCACAAGAAUUUAAUGCUUCUGGUAAACCUCAGUGUGGACAGGAUUUAAUCCACACUGACCACUGGAGAUGAAAAGGGGGACUGUGUUUGUGAAGAAAUGCUCCCUCUGGAACUCCUGAUGAAGUAGAAGGGUACUGGUGUAAGGGAAGGAACAGCCAUUGUGCAGGGCAGAUCUGCCUGGCUGCAUUUAAACUUUCAUGUACAGAUCAAAAAGUCGAGAGGUUAAAGACUGAAUCUUGCAUUGUUUUUUGAACACUUGCUUUCACAGCUCUUGAACAUAUUUGUAGUUUGUGCCCCACCUAACUUCCUUCAGCUGUUCUCCCUGAUGCAGAGUACUUCCCUUUCCUGUGUGACUUUUCCUCUCCUAAUUCUGUUUCCACAGCAAUCAGGACUUUAUGAAUAUAAAAUCUUUGGUGGUCUUGCUGAUGUUCCCCCAAAAUUGUGUGCAGAUGUCUACAUGGACUUGAAUUUCAGAAAAGAGUGGGAUCAAUAUGUUAAAGAACUGUAUGAGGAAACAUAUGAUGGUGAAAAAGUAAUCUACUGGGAAGUGAAGUACCCUUUUCCUCUCUCAAACAGAGAUUAUGUCUAUAUUCGGGAAUGCCAGGAGAUGGAUGUGGAUGGGAGGAAGAUCUGGGUUGUGUUAGCAAAAAGUGUGGCUGUUCCUCAGUGCCCUGAAAAGCCCGGUAUUAUCAGAGUUAAAAGCUAUAAACAAAGCCUGGCAAUUGAAAGUGAUGGCAAGGCUGGAUGUAAAGUCUAUAUGUACUAUUUUGAUAAUCCUGGUGGCAUGAUUCCAUCCUGGCUGGUCAACUGGGCUUCCAAGAGUGGUGUGCCUGCUUUCUUGAAGGAUAUACGAAAAGCUUGCCUUAAUUACUCUAAGAGUAAUAAGAGCACAUAGGUGUUGAAAUUGAUUUAAAUUGUUUAAUUCCUAGAUCUCUGCUCUUACAGGAGCAGCUGUUAUAUAGUACACUGGAUAAAAUCUACCUCUAAUAUUGGAAAUAAUUUUAUUUUAGUUGAGUUAUGCCUUGAGUUUUAUUAGAUUUUUUUUUCCAUCUCCAACUGAAGAGCUGGCCACUCACAAGGUAACAACAACAUCAGCUGCAGCUUUUAAAAGUACUCAAGUUUAGCCUUGUUCCCCAUGCUUUGCUUAUGCUGUUUGUCAGGUGUCAGCUAGAGGAGUUCUUUGAUGGAUAUGUUACAUCCUUGCACAAGAGGCAACAAUCUUACUAGAAAAAUGUCUAAACUUGGACUGCAAAUUGUCUGCAUGUGUUGUGCCUGGAUCUGUCUUUGUUACCUUGCAGGGUGGCUUCCUCCUGAAACUCAGUAAUGGAACUUGCAUUGCAUAGGAGGAAAUGCUUUUGCUACCCAAGUUUGCCAUUCUUAAACUCUCUGCCUGAUAUAAGCCUAAAAAUGAUGAGGGAUGAGAAAAAUUACUAGAAAUGUGCAGUGGGAACUGGAAGUCUGUGAUGCUAAGAUCUCUUAAAUCUAGAUAUAAAAAGAUCAAGACUGAAGCCUUGCAUUCACAGCUCCAUACUUCUGUAUGAAAAGUAAAAACCCUUAGCUGUGUCCAGCUGAAAGAAAAAGGAGGAGGUUACUUCUUUCAUGUCUGAUUUAAGGGGAACAAGUUUUAUCUUCAGAGUCAGUAGCCUUACCUAUAAAGCAGCUUGGAUAGCAACUUGAAACUAGAGGUAAUUUGAAAUUGGGUUCCUGCCACUGAAUGUGGAUGAGUUUGAUGUGGAACUUGGGCUUGAUUGCAUUUUUAAAUUUCAUGCUGAUAUAAAGAAUGGAUGGUGAUGCACUAAAAGCUUAACUUAGCAGGAAAUUAAAUUUCCAGCACCUUUUUUUUUGGGGGGGAAAGGGGGUGGCGGGGCAGGGAGUACAUAAAAGAAUGAGAGGACAUCAUUCUCAGGGAUUUAAAAUACUCUACAUUGUUCCUAAAUCUAAUCUAAAUCUAAUGUUUCUGAAUAAAUCUGGUAAUGGAUUAUCUUUGUCUUGUUAAAAAGUAAACAAUUGGAAUUAUUGCUUUUAUACCUUGUGUGAAUAUUUGCUUCCAAUAAAUCAUUAUUUUGUCCAUGUAGUGUUCUUGUUAAAAUUGGUUUUGCUGGUUUUUUUCAUACCACUGUUGUUUACAACUGGAGACUUUGAAGUCCUGAUCAAUAAGGUAAAAAAAACUGAUGUUAAAGCA